UAUAUAUAUAUAUAUAAACAUUACUGUUAUGAUCCCCCCUGUUAAUUUUUUUCCCCAGUGCGCAGUAAGUGAUUCAUUUGUUCCUUUAUUUUUUUUUUACACAGUCGCCUCCCUUAUCAGAAUUUAUUUGUCAGUGUUCAGACUGGUUCAGCAUACACAUGUUCACUUCUUUAUUAUGUUGAACACGAGUGUGUUCCGCCGUGUUCAAGGUGGUUCACCACACGACGGCACAUGCUGUAACUAGUGGGGAUUUAGGGCGAUUUAAACGGAUUAAUCCUCGAUUUUACGAGAUUUGACGAAAAGUGGAACUUAAUGUAGACCCCACUGUGGGGGAUAAAGACCCCCACUGUGGGAGAUAAAGAACCCCACUGUGGGAGAUAAAGACCCAACUGUGGGAGAUAAAGACCCCACUGUGGGAGAUAAAGACCCCACUGUGGGAGAUAAAGACCCCACUGUGGGAGAUAAAGACCCAACUGUGGGAGAUAAAGACCCCACUGUGGGAGAUAAAGACCCCACUGUGGGAGAUAAAGACCCCACUGUGGGUGGAACCUCGCAAAAUGUGGGUUUUAUCUGUUUUAAGUGGCUUAAAAGCCAGCAGGUGGCUUUUAUAAACCCACCUGUGGGGUUUCAGGCCAUCUUCGCCCACCUCAUGCCCCUCCUCCAACCAGGAGAACACCUGGCUGAUUUCACCGGUUAGUUGCUCAUGAUUGUUCCAACGUGUUCAGCUAACCCCCCUCCCCAACCCCCGCCUCCCCCCAUCCCUCCCUCCACAGCUGGGAACGACUAACAAUGUGUCCGCCUCAUUUUCACUGCUUAACCUUCGCUUCAUGUUCACCUCUGUGAACAUGUUCUUCACUACCAAUUUUUUUUUUUUAUCGACGGUCGGCUGUGAAUUAAUAUCCGCCAGCGCUAUUGCCUUUAUUUAUAUGUAAAACUUUUUUAUUGUUGAUAAAGGAAAAAUCUAAAAUUUUUGUUUGACGUAUUCUGUUUAUCUCACAAACACACACACACACACACACACACACACACACACACACAUAUAUAUAUAUACAUACAUAUAUUUCUUCUGGCUCCUUGGACCGUAUUUAUUACUCCACAUUUUCCUUAUUUAUGAAGCUUAUUACUAACAAUUAUAUUUACACUUUUUUCUGUUCUCCUUUAUCAGUGUCUUCAUUCAUGUUCUUAGUUCAUGUUAUAUCAUGUUUGUUCACUCAGGUGGUUCAUUGGUUCCUUCCCACUGACUCACACUGUACCACUGACUCACACUGUACCACUGACUUAUACUGUACCACUGACUCACACUGAACCACUGACUCACACUGUACCACUGACUUAUACUGUACCACUGACUCACACUGUACCACUGACUCACACUGUACCACUGACUCACACUGUACCACUGACUCACACUGUACCACUGACUUAUACUGUAACACUGACUUAUACUGUAACACUGACUUACACUGUAACACUGACUUAUACUGUAACACUGACUUAUACUGUAACACUGACUUAUACUGUAACACUGACUUACACUGUAACACGGACUUAUACUGUAACACUGACUCACACUGUACCACUGACUUAUACUGUAACACUGACUUACACUGUAACACUGACUUACACUGUAACACGGACUUAUACUGUAACACUGACUCACACUGUACCACUGACUUAUACUGUAACACUGACUUAUACUGUAACACUGACUUAUACUGUAACACUGACUCACACUGUACCACUGACUUAUACUGUAACACUGACUUAUACUGCAACACUGACUUACACUGUAACACUGACUUACACUGUAACACUGACUUACACUGUAACACUGACUUAUACUGUAACACUGACUUACACUGUAACACUGACUUACACUCUAACACUGACUUAUACUGUAACACUGACUUACACUGUAACACUGACUUAUACUGUAACACUGACUUAUAAUGUAACACUGUCUUAUAGUGUAACGCUGACUUAUACUGUAACACUGACUUACACUGUAACACUGACUUAUACUGUAACACUGACUUACACUGUAACACUGACUUAUACUGUAACACUGACUUACACUGUAACACUGACUUAUACUGUAACACUGACUUACACUGUAACACUGACUUACACUGUAACACUGACUUACAGUCUAACACUGACUUAUACUGUAACACUGACUUACACUGUACCACUGACUUACACUGUAACACUGACUUAUACUGUAACACUGACUUACACUGUAACACUGACUUACACUGUAACACUGACUUACACUGUAACACUGACUUACACUGUAACACUGACUUUCACUGCAAUACUGACUUAUACUGCAACACUGACUUACAAUCUAACACUGUCUUAUACUGUAACAUUGACUUACACUGUAAUACUGACUUACACUGCAACACUGACAUACACUAAUACUGACUUACACUGCAACAUUGACUUACACUGUAACACUGACUUACACUGUAUCACUGACUCAUACUGUAAUACAGACUUGCACUGUAGCACUGACUUACACUGUACCACUGACUUACACUGUAACACUGACUUA